AUGGAUGCUGUCAAAGCGAUCCAAGACCAAGUAAACAAGCUUUGCGCGGAUAUGCAAAGUGGCCUAGACGCUUGUAAGAAGGCGUCAACCAGUGCGGGUACUAGCACGAUGCUAGCGGCUCCAAGGAUCGACUAUCCAAAGCCUAGGGAGUUCGAUGGAAAGCGAGAUGCAAAAGAGCUAGAUGAUUUCCUAUGGCGAUUGGAAAUAUAUUUUGAGGGUGUGAACAUUUUGGAUGAAGCUACUACGGUACGUACUUCGACUAUGUAUCUUACCGACACCGCGGCUCUAUGGUGGCGACGUAAGCACGCCGACAUAGAAAAGGGUGCUUGUAGGAUAGAUAGUUGGGAUGAUUUCAAGAGGGAAUUGAAACGCCAAUUUUAUCCCGAAAAUGUAGUAUAUGAGGCCCGUAAAAAGCUUAGGGAGUUGAAACAUAAGGGCACUAUUCGCGAUUAUGGCAAGGAGUUUACUACCCUUGUGCUUCAAAUCCUGAGCAUGUCAGAUGAAGAUCUAUUGUUUCACUUUACCAACGGAUUACAAAAUUGGGCGAAGCAAGAACUUCAACGUCGGGGAGUGAAGACAGUAGACGAGGCUAUUGUGGUGGCCGAAUCUUUAACCGAGUUCCAAAGGAGCACGGAUUCAUCGAAAUCUUCUAAAAGCUUUAAGAGUAACUCGGCUAAAGGCGGGGGAGAGAAGAAAGAUUACCAUAAGUCAUCAUUCUUCAAAGGUGGUAACACUUACAAACCUUUCCCCUCGCGAAAAAAUUAUGAGGAAAAGAAGAAGGCCUCGACGGGCUCUCAAAGUGGAUGCUUCGUGUGCAAGGGGCCACACUUAAUGCGUGAUUGCCCUAAACUUGGCACAUUGGCGGCUAUGGCGGAGGAACGGGAUUCAUCCUCUUGCCAAGAGCAAAGGGCGGAACAUUUUAGUUCAUUGCAACUUCUUAACGCUCUCAAUGCUAAGGUCGUUCCGGCUUCCAAUAAUGACCGAGGAUUAAUGUAUGUGGAAGCUCAAGUAAAUAGUCGGCCCGCACUAUCAAUGGUAGAUACGGGAGCUACCAACAACUUCAUUACUGAAGAUGAGGCUAGAAGGUUGGGCCUCACAAUCACUAAAAGUGGUGGUCUUAUGAAAGUCGUGAAUUCUCCAUCAACGCCCCUUGGUGGCAUAGUUCAAGGGGUGGAAAUUCAAUUAGGCACUUGGCAUGGCCAAGUGGAUUUUUCGGUGGCUACAAUGGAUGAUUUUCGCUUGGUUCUCGGGUUGGACUUCAUGAGGAAGGUCAAUGCUAUUCCUAUGCCUUCCUUUGGCUCGGUUUGCAUCUUGGAGAGGGGUUCUCCAUGUAUGGUUCCUACGGUAGCUAGGACGAAAGCAAGAGGGCAGCUUUCGACCAUGCAACUAGCAAAAGGGCUAAAGAAAGGAGAGGCGACGUAUUUGGCAGCAUUAAAAAUGGAGGACCAAGUUGAGGAAGUUGUGGGUGACGAUAAUGUGCCCAAAGUCAUCAAGAAUGUCCUUGAAGAAAAUAAGGACGUGAUGCCGCCGGAGUUACCCAAGAAAUUACCACCUAGGAGGGAGGUGGAUUAUAAGAUUGAGUUGGAAUCGGGAGCCAAACCACCAUCCAUGGCACCCUAUCGGAUGGCACCGCCGGAGCUGGAAGAACUUCGAAAGCAAUUGACGGAGUUACUUGACACGGGGAGGAUACGACCUUCGAAGGCACCUUAUGGCGCUCCGGUCUUGUUCCAAAAGAAGCAUGACGGAUCGUUACGCAUGUGUGUAGAUUACCGAGCGCUCAACAAGGUAACCAUUAAAAACAAGUAUCCUAUUCCUUUGAUUGCUGAUUUAUUUGAUAGACUUGGUAGUGCAAAAUAUUACACAAAGGUGGAUCUACAAAAGGGAUACUACCAAGUACGGAUUGCAGAAGGGGAUGAGCCUAAGACAACAUGCAUCACUCGAUAUGGCUCAUUCGAAUGGUUGGUAAUGCCUUUUGGCUUAACCAACGCCCCGGCCACAUUUUGCACAUUGAUGAAUAGGAUUUUCCAACCUUACUUGGACAAGUUCGUGGUGGUAUACUUGGAUGACAUUGUCAUCUAUAGCGACAACUUGGAGGAUCACGCAAAACAUCUCCGAACGGUGUUCCAAGCAUUGCGGGAGAAUGAGCUAUACAUCAAAAAGGAAAAAUGUUCCUUUGCCAAGGAGGAGGUGCACUUCCUUGGACAUAUUAUUGGCCACGAGCGCUUGAAGAUGGAUGAGGCAAAAGUAAAAGCAAUCAAGGAGUGGGAAGCACCAACCAAGGUAACCGAACUUCAUUCUUUCCUUGGUCUAGUUAAUUAUUAUCGGCGGUUCAUCCAGGGCUACUCAGCAAGGGCAGCCCCACUAACGGACCUAUUGAAAAAGAAUAAGACAUGGGAUUGGUCCGAGAAAUGUCAAACGGCCUUUGAUGAUUUGAAGGCGGCCGUGAUGGAGGAACCGGUCUUGGCAUUGCCAGAUUUUACCAAGACCUUUGAAGUACAAACGGAUGCCUCAGACUUUGCUAUCGAGGGUGUUCUAAUGCAAGAAAGGCAUCCCAUUGCUUUUGAAAGUCGCAAGCUCAACGACACUGAGCGUCGGUAUACGGUGGCAAGAAAAGGAAAUGACAGCUAUUGUUCAUUGCCUACGAGUGUGGCGUCAUUACUUGUUGGGAUCAAAAUUCAUCAUCAAGACGGAUAA